UUGUGGUGUUUCAGCCAACCUCAGACGGUUGUUUGCCAAAACGGUGUAAUCGCUUGUUGGCAUCCUGAAAAGUCUUUCCCGUACGAGCAUUCAAAAUCAAUUGAUUUGGAAGAAGAGGAGAAGCAGGCUUGUAGUGGCAGUGUAUUAAGCAGGGAAACCGAACAAAUUGCUGAACUGCACGGCUCAUUAUCACUGACGGGCCCUCCCAAUUCUAUGCUUCGUGAGAUUUUUUAUACAGGAAAGCACGAGUGGAAGACAAGGUAA